AUGGUCGGAGGUACGUCCAGCAUGGGUCCGCCCGCCGUCACGCCGCGCAAGGCUCCGACCACGCCCUCGUCCAAGAACGCCUUGGCCUUGGGCGUCACGCCACACAAGACUCCCCUCCGCACACCUGGCGGAUCCAAGAUCGAACAGACCUCCUCUACUCCUAUCAUCGACUUCCGCGCCAUCGAGUCCCAAAAGGAAAACGUACAGCCCCUCGCCAAGGGCAGAUCCGCACACGCACUCUCCAACACCCUCGGCAUGCAGCACAAGCAGAGGCAGGCGCUCCUCGCCCAGCAGCGCGCAGAGCACGAGAGCGUCGUCACCUCCGCAGACAACGCCGACUCCGACGACCCUCUCGACGCUUGGACAAAGUACGUCAAGUGGUGCAUCGACAAUUACCCUUCCGGACAGACGCACGACUCGGGCCUCAUCCCCCUGCUCGAACGUGCCACGCGCCACUUUAAGGACUCGGAGCAGUAUACAAACGACCCCAGGUAUCUGCGUCUCUGGAUCCUCUACGCCAGAAAUGUUGAGUGCGCCCGCGACGUCUACAACUUCCUCCUCGCAAACGAAAUCGGCACAAAACUCGCCAGCCUCUACGAGGAGCUCGCCGUCGUCCUCGAGGGACAGCGCAUGUACGACGAGGCGGAUGCCAUGUACAAGCUCGGCAUCGCACGCAGAGCCAACCCCAUCGACCGCAUCAAGCGCAGGUACGAAGAGUACAAGACACGCAUCAUCCUCGGUCAUCAGUCCUCCGUAGACGCGCCGGGCUCCUCCGCCGCUGGCCUCGUCGUCAACUACGCCGAUGCUCUCAAAGCGGCCAUGGUCACCGCUGGACGCAGCAUGCUCGGUCAGAAGGAAGCCGCCUCCGGUCCCGCCCGUAGCCACGCCGCCAACGUCCUCAGAGGCGCAGGCGCCACCAUCGGUGCGAUCGGCAACAGCACUCCAACUCCCUCCACCAACAACGGUCGCAGACUCAACGUCUUCCACGACGACGACGACCGCGCACCUGCUUCGGCAUCCAGGCCGCACGCAAGCAGCACCAAGGGCUGGGAAGAUAUCGGCACCGUCGCGUCCCGCAACCAGGAAAACGUACAGGCGGAUCGUCUUGCCGGCGCCAAGAGCUUCAAGAUUGGAGCUUCGGGCGGCGUUUCCAAAAAGCCUGGUUCCGGUCUGGCCGUCUUUAGAGAUUCCGACGACGACGAUGAUGACGAUGACGAAGCCAACCCAGUCCCAGCCACCCCGAAACCCGAAGGUGUGCUGAGUCCCAAGGACCACUUUGCCAAGCACGCGGCUGGCCUCGGCCGCAAACAGGCUUCCAGCGAGACCGAUCUGCUUCGUAGCGACCCUUUUGCCUACUGGGAUAAAGAUGCAAAGCGCGUCCCCGACCCCGCCAGUCUGCGCCCCGAUUCGGACAGUGCGUCCGCCUCGCGCAAGGUUUCCUCGUCCAGCUCUGGCUCGCAUGGCGAGCGCCACCGCACAAAGACCACCGUCUCGCGAUCCACGCAAGCCAGCUCCUCUUCCAGCAAGUCGAGCGCCCAAGCUUCUGCAGCUCCCGUAGCCGGGACCAAGCGAGAGAAGCACGCUGCUCCGGUGGCCGACAUGUAUCCCUCGUUUCGAUCCGACGCCCAGCAAGCCCUCUUCUCUCGCAACGGCUGGCAGAGCGAACUGACGCUGGAAGAGCUCAUGGCACGCGCACGAGGCUUUCCCGCCCUCGUAGAAGGAUGGGAGCCGGCCGCAUCCCUCGAAUCGGCCUCCGACCCGUGGACACACCUCGACCAGCUCGUCGGACAGUGGCUGCCCAAAAAUGCUCCGAAAGCCUCCUCGUCACGGCGUGCGGAACCCGAGCCCACGGAAACCGCUCAGAUCGAUCAGACUACGGGCAUGUUCCCUUCCAGAGACGUCUUUGACCCGGACAACUCUGUCGCCAACGCAGUCGCGCUCAACCUUCGCCCGGGACUCAAGAAGAAGAAGAAGCGUGAUGGCGACAACACCACCAAGACCAGGAUGAGCCCGACCCUUGUCACAAAGGCCACGCUGCUCGAGGUGGAAAACAUGUUCAAUGGCCAAGACAGCGACUCGGACGAAGACAGCAGCGAAGACGACGACGACGACGACGAAGAGGAUGACGACUACCUCGCGCCCCUCUCCAGCGUCUCCCGCCCAGCGCACAUGCGCGUCAGCCUCGGCUCGGCGGCAGAUGUGCCGCCCACGCCGACGCCGUCAUCACGACCCCACCUCCUCGCCAAGUUUGCGGGCCAGCACGAUGAGAACGCCGGCGUGCGUGCCACUCCCUCCCGUACUCCGGGCGCGCAGGCUCCCAGGCUCGGCUUGGGUGGCGCCACACCGAUGCGCACGCCGCUCGCAUCCAAGACGGCCGCACCAGCACCCCUAGGCGCCAAGCCCGUUUAUCGCGAGGAGGACGAAGAGGACGACGAGUACAGCGAGCUUCGCGCCCCCGAAGAGCAGGCUCAACCCAACGAGCCGCAACAGACUGUUGAAGCCAGCUCUCCACCCCGUCCGUCUGCUGCAUCCGUGGCCGAUGCUGAUCACAACCCAGCCGUGCUAGCAACGCCUAUGCCGGCCAGCCGCCAGUCGGCUAGUCGCCGAUGGGUCGAGCCUAUGGCGGAAGAAGAGGAGGAGGAAGAUGAGGAGGAGCAAUACGCCGUGGACGAGAACGGCGAGCCCAUCGAUGGCCAUCCGGAUGCGGCUGACGGCUAUGAGGGCAACGACCAUCUCUUCAGGCCGCAGUUCCAGCCGCUCACGCCGAUCACCGAGGCGACGUACGAGUUCACACGCUACACCAACGGGCGUACGCCCGGGACUGCCACGCGUUCCGCCAUCGGUCCUGCGCUCAAGGCGUGGCACGCGACGGAACAGGAUGACGACGAUGACGAGGACGACGAGGACGAGCAAUACGAUGGAAACGGCGGCGCCAAAGACAUCUUGAUCAGCGGCCCGAUCGCUCCGCGCGGCGCUGCCCCCGCUGAGGAUGCCAAUCUUGCCGACGACUCGCAGGGUGCAUCAGACGAACGCAGCUUCGCGUCCACGUCGGGCGAAGACGCCAAUCGAUCUGCAUGGACCGCGGCCAACAAGGCGAGCUUCGAGCUGACCAAGGGCCUCACCAUCCGCGUGCCAGCUGGAGAGGAGGGCGACGAGAGCGAGGGCGACUUUGACGAGUCGCUCGUCAUCCAGGACCGGGCGGCGACCGAAGAGCAGGCGCCAGAGCAGCUGGAAGAAUGUGCGCCCAAAGACGCCGGCUUCUGCCCGCCCAACCCGUGCUCGCCCGUGGAUCCCGACGUACUCAAUGCGAUCCUGGCACGACUCGACGAGCCAGUCGAGAGCCGACCGGGAUUCGUUGGCUUGGCUGGCACCAUGUCAGACGGCCUGCUCGAACAGCUGCAGAAGAAGUGCAAGUCGAGCCUGGCCUCAAACCAGAUGACGCGCAAGAGCAUGGGCGGUACCGUGUUCCACGGCACGGGCAUGCUGUCUUCGCCCUUCCAGGUCGAGAUUGGCGGCAACGCGUUCGAGAUCCGAGGCAAGCUCGGAGAGGGAGGCUAUGGCGCCGUUUUUCUCGGUUACGAUGUGGACUCGGUUGCCACAGCCAAGGCUGCGGACAGGAGCGCCGAUCGCGACGAUGUCGACGCGGACGACGAUGAGGAAGACGACGAGGAUGACGACGCGGACCGACGCAAGCAGGUGGCCAUCAAGGUGGAGGCGCCCGCCAAUCGGUGGGAGUUCCACAUUCUGAGCCAGCUGCAGCUGCGUCUGCCGGCUGCACUGCAGCCUUCGGUGAUUGCGGCGCGCAAGCUGUACUGCUACUCGGAUGCGUCGUUCCUCAUGCUCGACCUGGGCGAGAAGGGCACGUUGCUCGAUGUGGUCAACCACGCCGUCAGUGCGGGUGUUGCGGCCGCCGGCUCGUCGGGUGCCGAUACGACAGGUGGAGGCGCUGGGCUCGAAGAGGUGCUGGCCAUGUUUUUCGUCACCGAGCUGCUGCGCGUUGUGCUGGGCAUGCAUCGUGCGGGCGUGAUUCACGGCGAUCUCAAGAUCGACAACUGUCUCUUGCGUCUUGGCGACGUCUCACCGGCGAGUGCGUGGUCGAACCUCUACGCGCGCGAUGGCUCGGCUGGAUGGGCGAGCAAAGGUCUGACGCUCAUUGACUUUGGCCGCGCCAUUGACCUGACUGCCUUUGACGACCCCUCGCAGGCGUUUAUUGCCGAUUGGGACACGGAUGCCAAGGACUGUCUCGAGAUGCGUCGUGGCGAGAGCUUCACAUUCGAAACCGACUGGUUCGGUGUAGCUGCCAUCGCCCACUGCCUAUUGUUCGGUCGAUACAUGGACCUGAGCCACGACAACCACGUCUACAAACUCACCAGCCCCAUGAAGCGAUACUGGCAGUCGGAGCUGUGGAACAGCCUCUUCCACGUCUGCCUCAACCCCAAACCGCGCUCUGCCGACGGCCAACCCGAGGCGCUCGACAAGACCGCCGUCCUAGCUCAGCUCGAGUCGUGCCUCGACAACAUGCACGCCUGGCUCGAAGCCAACUCGAACAAGGGCGGCAAGAACCUCAAGGGUCUGCUGCGCAAGCUCGAGAUCUGGGCCAUGAAACAGGGCCACUGA